AUGUCCGAGGCUCUCAGACUAGGGGCCAAAGGGGGAGACAAGCCCAAUACCCUGCGGAGGAGUGGUCGGGACCCCAGGGAGAGCAGGACCCACCGAGGGGCAGCCUGUGCCUGGAGCUUCGAGGAUGUGGCCAAGGGUUCUGUGGAGCCUCAGUGGGCUGAGGUGAAACCCAAGGAGGGGCAGGAGGAGGGCGAGUUCAAGGUGAGGUGUGAGAAGGGGACUUUCGAAUGCGGAUGCGGGAAGGAGACCCGAAGUGGGGACGCUGCAGGAAGCAGUUCCAGGGCGGGGGAGGGGGAGCGGGGGCAGUGGCGCAGAGUCUGGGCACUACCCCUCCUGCUGGAAGGUGGGGGGCAAGACCUGCGGCAGCACCCUGCCCACGUCGGGUCCAGUUCCAGGUCGCCACACCCAAGACCUGUCCCACGCGUGACGCGGACGGACCCAGCGAGCAGCUACCGCAACUGUGGGCUACUGUGUCCAGGACUCCGGGCCUCCUGGUCCCCCGGCCCCCUUCGCCCCUCUCCCCCCGACUCCCUCCCAGGAGCGGCCCUCACUUGGGCCUGGAUGCGCACGCUGGGAUCCUGGCCCUCGAGGCUGGUGGCAACGAUGUCGGGAAAUCUGACUCGGACCCAUGCCAAAGGAACUCAGCGGGCAUAUGUCCUGGCCCGCGCCCCCGCCCAUCCCCGGAUCCAGGGUCUCAGUCCCGCGACCCCGCGGCAGCGGAGGCUCGGGUCUGCCGGUCCAGUCAGCAGGUCCUGGGUGACGAGGGAAGAGGUCAUUGUUACCAUAAAGCAACUGACUUGCGGCCGGCUCCCCUCUCGACCCUCGGGCCUCUCGUGGGACAGGGUCCAGGAGUUCCCGCCGCGGCAACGGGCGCCCGGGCGGGCGGGGACAGUGACAGCAGCCAGCCCCAGAGAGCGCUCGGCUCCGCGCCGCCGGUCCGGCCAAGCGCAGCAGGACCUCCCCGCGACAUGCGCGUGCCAACCCGGCGCUGAGCGGUGGCGAUGGUGGUGCGCGGGGGCGCUGGCGCUGGCGCUGGGCGGUCUGCCGCCGGCGCGGAGCGUGGAGCAGGAGCCCGGCGCGCACAGCUCGAUCGACGGCUUCCAGGUGGUCACUUUCAAGUGGCACCACGUCCAGGACCCGUACAUCAUCGCGCUCUGGAUCCUCGUGGCCAGCCUGGCCAAGAUCGUGUUCCACCUGUCACACAAGGUCACCAGUGUGGUCCCCGAGAGCGCGCUGCUCAUUGUGCUGGGCCUGGUGCUGGGCGGCAUUGUCUGGGCAGCCGACCACUCUGCCUCCUUCACGCUCACACCCACCCUCUUCUUCUUCUACCUGCUGCCGCCCAUUGUGCUGGAUGCUGGCUACUUCAUGCCCAACCGCCUUUUCUUUGGGAACCUGGGCACCAUCCUGCUCUACGCCGUCAUCGGCACUGUGUGGAAUGCCGCCACCACCGGCCUGUCCCUCUAUGGUGUCUUCCUCAGUGGGCUGAUGGGGGACCUGAAGAUUGGCCUGCUGGACUUCCUGCUGUUCGGCAGCCUGAUCGCGGCUGUGGACCCUGUGGCCGUGCUGGCUGUGUUCGAGGAGGUGCAUGUCAACGAAGUCCUGUUCAUCAUCGUGUUUGGGGAGUCACUGCUGAAUGACGCCGUCACCGUGGUUUUGUACAAUGUGUUUGAAUCUUUCGUGACGCUGGGUGGUGACAACGUGACCAGUGUGGACUGUGUGAAGGGCGUAGUGUCCUUCUUCGUGGUGAGCCUGGGGGGCACGCUAGUGGGGGUCUUCUUCGCCUUCCUGCUGUCCCUGGUGACGCGCUUCACCAAGCACGUACGCAUCAUCGAGCCCGGCUUCGUCUUCAUCAUCUCUUACCUGUCAUACCUCACCUCCGAGAUGCUGUCCCUGUCGGCCAUCCUGGCGAUAACCUUCUGUGGCAUCUGCUGCAAGAAGUAUGUGACAGCCAACAUCUCGGAGCAGUCAGCCACCACGGUGCGUUACACCAUGAAGAUGCUGGCCAGCGGGGCUGAGACUAUCAUCUUCAUGUUCCUGGGCAUCUCAGCCGUGGACCCACUCAUCUGGACCUGGAACACGGCCUUUGUGCUCCUGACGCUGGUCUUCAUCUCCGUAUACCGUGCCAUCGGCGUGGUCCUGCAGACCUGGGUGCUGAACCGGUACCGGAUGGUGCAGCUGGAGAUCAUCGACCAGGUGGUCAUGUCCUACGGUGGCCUGCGUGGGGCCGUGGCCUACGCCCUGGUCGUCCUCCUGGACAAGAACAAGGUCAAGGAGAAGAACCUCUUCGUCAGCACCACCAUUAUUGUGGUUUUCUUCACCGUCAUCUUCCAGGGCCUGACCAUUAAGCCCCUGGUUCAGUGGCUGAAGGUGAAGAGGAGUGAGCAUCGGGAGCCCAAGCUCAACGAGAAGCUUCAUGGCCGGGCCUUUGACCACAUCCUCUCAGCCAUUGAGGACAUAUCAGGCCAGAUAGGACACAAUUACCUCAGAGACAAGUGGUCCAACUUCGAUAGGAAAUUCCUCAGCAAAGUCCUGAUGAGACGCUCAGCCCAGAAGUCGCGAGAUAGGAUUCUGAAUGUUUUCCACGAGCUCAACCUGAAGGAUGCCAUCAGCUACGUGGCUGAGGGUGAACGCCGGGGGUCCCUGGCCUUCAUCCGCUCGCCGAGCACAGACAACAUCGUCAACGUGGACUUCAGCACACCACGGCCGUCUACCAUGGAAGCCUCUGUCUCCUACUUCCUGCGAGAGAACGUCAGCGCCGUCUGCCUGGACAUGCAGUCUCUGGAGCAGCGGCGCAGGAGCAUCCGCGACACGGAGGACAUGGUCACCCACCACACGCUGCAGCAGUACCUGUACAAGCCACGGCAGGAGUACAAGCACCUCUACAGCCGGCACGAGCUCACGCCCAGCGAAGAUGAGAAGCAGGACAAGGAGAUCUUUCACAGGACCAUGCGGAAACGCCUGGAGUCCUUCAAAUCGGCCAAGCUGGGGAUCAACCAGAACAAAAAGGCCGCCAAGCUGUACAAGCGGGAGCGCGCGCAGAAGAGGAGGAACAGCAGCAUCCCCAACGGGAAGCUGCCCAUGGAGAGCCCCGUGCGCAGCUUCACCAUUGAGGAGAGAGAUCUGGAGUUCUCAGACCCCGAGGAGACCCAUGGCUAUGAGGCCGAGGAGUUGAGUGGGGGGAUCGAGUUCCUGGCCAAAGUCCGACAAGACACCGCGACAGACUCCACAGCAGGAAUUGACAACCCCGUGUUCUCCCCGGACGAGGACCUGGGCGUCCUGGCCAGGGUGCCACCGUGGCUGUCUCCCGAGGAGACGGUGGUGCCCUCCCAGCGGGCCCGGGUGCAGAUUCCUGGCUCGCCCGGCAACUUCCCUCGCCUGACCCCCAUCCGGCUCAGCACCAAGUCCGCGGACUCCUUCCUGCUGGCCGACGGCAACGCGGAGGAGGCGCGGCACCACGGCCUGCCCGCGUCCACCCACAUGUAA